CGUAGUCUAGGAGCUGGGCUGAACAUUAGGAAAACUUAACCAAUCUCAGGACACCAUCACCCCCGCCGCUGUACACGGUGCUGACGUCCGACCCCAGGCAGAUCGCAUUCACACAACCCCCACCGGUGUUGACUUCCCCUGCCAAUAGUGGUUCCUUGCUGUCAAGAUUUGUCCACUGCUUCACGAACCCGUCAUAUCCGGCUGUGUACAGGUACUGAUUGGCACCCAACAAACAGUUGAUGAUCAUCGAGUGGACGUUCUAGAUUAAAUGGAGAAUGAAACUUUAAAAAAAUGUUUCUUAACUAUCCAGAUAAAAAAUUCUACCUCUUUGGUCCAUAGUACUGAAAACGAAUUCUUUUUGUUGUUGUCGAUUAGUGUUAAUCCUAAUCCGUCACGGGUAGCGAUGGCCACAUUGCUGUUGACAGAAUUUUCACAGGGUCCACACAGCGCUACCGGGCAUUUGCCAGGUAUGCAGGCUUUGGUCAUAUAUCGACCUACGUUGGAGCUUUCGAGCACUUCUGUUAUAGUUAGAUCAUUGUCCCGAAUCGAAUAGAUGAAGUUGUUCUGAAUAGCCAUUGAGCGCACCUCCUCGACCAGAUUAAACUUGAACUUGAUACGCUGAUCCACCCACAUGGUAAUGAUGCCUUUGUCAUCCCCACUAUACAGGUUGUCCUUGUUGUCGACAAACAGCGACUCGAUUUCGUCGCUACAUUUCAACAGCUCCUUAACUUCGUCCGAUUGGAUUGGAUUGAUCAAGCACCGAAUCGUCCCAUCGCAACUGCUGGUGUAGAUUUGUCCCUUGGAGUCGACCACCAUAGCGUAGAUCCAAGCCUCGUGAACGGCGAUUUCUUUCUUCAAGGUCAGAUCUUGAGUCCAUACCUACACACAAAGGAAAAACCAUGGAUAUGUUACCGGUUGAGAUAUUAGAAGAGAUCUUCAAGAACCUGCGUUACCGAGACCUGAAACAGGCUUCGGCCGUGUGCCGCUUUUGGUACGAAAUCUACAAGCGGCCAACAUUUUUAUCCAAAAUUGUGGUCAAUUUCAAGAACAAUCUUAAUUCGGAAACCAUUGAACUGUUUCUUCAGAGCGAAUGCAUGUAUCAAAAUUUUCGAUUCAAAUCGAUUCCCUUCUACGACGUUACUAAAUCGGACGGAAUUCGCCGAGAUGAUAUCUACGUAGAUAAAGCAAUCAUAGAGGGUGCUCGGAGCUUGCUGGCGAAAUUUUGCAACUGCAUUCAGAUGAUAUCGUUCUGCAAAUGCCAUCUUGAGCGUCAGACAUUUUUCGAACUGCUUCACUCGAUUUCUGAACUUAAGGUGCUCGACAUUGAAGGAUGCAUUUUUGCGGGGGAAGAUACAGAUUGCACGUUGAAGCUGCCCAAGUUGGAGAAGUUUAACUUCAAAUACCCGGAGGAUAGGAUCCAGAGGAUAGAAUCGGGUCACUUUUAUCAUAAUUUGGCUAACAGCAACUGUAACUUGACAAAGCUUAAAGUUCAGCUGUUUAUCGAUGAAUUGUUUGAUGACACAGAUAGUGAUCUUUGGGAGCAGCUAGAAGCGAUAGCCAAGAUGGUGCAUCAAAAUCAAAAAACCCUAAAAUCAUUCAAAAUAGACAGUUUUAACGAACAUGCCCUGGAAACACUUUUGUAUAGAAAUAACGAACUGCAGUUGGAGAAAUUAGUUCUAGGCGAGUUCGAAAUACAUAAAGACGAUAAAAUAUUUUUCAAUUUCUUAGCACAGCAGAAAAAGAUCAAGAAGCUUGACCUAACGAUUGAAUCCUCAUUGGAUCCCUGCAACGAUCUAUAUUUGAAAGCAAUCUGUGAAAAUCUGGAACACUUAGAGCAAUUUUUUUAUGACAUUUCGAACAAUUCCGACAUUGGUUUGGAGCAUCUGCAGAAAUUAGGCAAACUGAAAAAGCUCGUUUUAACUAAAAAGCGCAACUUGACAGCUCUCACUGAGCACUGCUUUGAUCACAUCUACAUGCCAAAUAUGAAGUCCCUUGGGAUCGACUACAUUGGCCUGCCGUUGCCUGCCGUGCAACAAAUCCCACUUAGCUUUCCCAACCUAAAAGUGUUAAACUUAAGCGAAUGUGAGGCCGUCACCGAUUAUACGAUGCCCUAUUUGAUCCAGUUGCUUCCAUCGCUGGAAAGUUUAGAUCUCAGCAAAUGCGAAAACCUAACCGAGAGAGCUUUUUUCGGGUCAGCUCGAAUAAAUCAAUUAAGGAAACUGAAAGAUCUAGUUCUGGACAGGUGUGAUGGUCUCACCGAUUACUCGUUGGAAACUUUCGACAAUCCAGCAUUGCGCAGUAUCAGUGUCGCGAUGUGUCACCGGAUUACCAACGUCGGGUGGGAGCUUCUCUGUCGACGAUGUCCAAACCUGAUCCGGCUUAACGUGUCCCACUGCUGCUACUUCGACGAUGAAUCGGCGCGGAUAGUGGUCACUGGUUUGCGAGAUCUGGAGAUUCUGGAUAAUUUUCAAGGUAGCUCCCUGGAUGAAGACGCUUUCAUCCAAGCAAUUCGAAGCUCGCAUAUCGCUUAAGGAACGAACACAUAAGUUCAAAUAGAGCUGUACAAAAGUUUCGUGAAACUGUUUUGCUGUUCAGAAAGCAUUCAGCAAGGUCCAUGGAACUUCUUAAUCUAGUUCAGCCUGCAAAUAACACUUGAUUCAAUGCAAAUGAUGCUUGAUUAAAUGCAUAAAUGAGUUAAAUGCCUUAAUAAAACUGCUUGUAAAUAAAAAAAAUAAAUAAAUGCAUAAAUUUCUUCGACUUUUUUGUACUGUUCCAAAAAGUGUUUUUUGAAGCUGGUUAGAAGUUGUUUAGCAAUUUAUGCGAACUUUUUGUCAACUUUAAAGUUCGUUGAUAGAGGAAUGUUAUCUGAACUUUUGGUUGCUUGGCAGUAUAGUUGAAAAUUUUCAGUACUUGAAGGCAAGUUGGGCUUGUUUUCACUUUUUAAAAUUGUUUCAUUAAACAUAAGAUUUAUACUUGAGCAAAUGUCGAUGAAUAAAGUCGAAUAAGUAUAUGAUUUGUCGAUAAAAUGAACCGGGUCAAAUAGAAUCGCUCGAAGCUGAGGGGUGCCAAAACGAUGAAAAAAUCGAAAUAAACUUGCUUCUAACAGAGAUUAGUUCAUUAUCAAGAGUGCGAAAAAAGAACAUUUUGAUUGUUGAAAAAGUUUCCUUUUCAUGUAGGUAUUUCCUUGUAAUCUAGUGAAACGAUUAACCUCGGCACAUUGAAACUGUGUUAUAGUAAAAGGCCUUCAAUAAACUAAUAAA